AUGAAGUUGGAAAAGAAGAUAAGUGCCCAGCGUCUUCCCCCGCCUGUCCUCUUCCAGGGCCCGCCGUCACAUAAUGCCUCCAACCUCUCUCUUCCCCCGCCGGUAUCCGCUGUUCCGACGACGGGAGCCUCUCCGCGGCCGCCUCUGCAGCGCAAUCGCUCGUCCCGGGCAGGAACCCUCGAGGCCCCGGGAUCCCUCUCGCCAUUCCUGACUCGCAAACAGUCUAAGGGGGAGGUAGACGGCUCCGAGGCUAUAUGGCAGGAGAUGCAGAGCGCAUUGUCCGAGGUCGAGCUGAGCGCGGCAACGGGCGAACAUGUCUUUGGGGAGAAGCACUCUGAAGCGUUGGAAGAUCUCCGGACAAAACAGCUGAAGCUUGCGCAGGCGUGGGCGCGCAGCGAAGCCGGGGAUGAGGUUGUGGAAACAAAAGGUGCUGCCGCUGCUGCUGCUGCUGCGGCCACGGCAAAGAGUAAUGCGUCGCUGCGGCCAGCGUCGCGAAGCACGGCUGGACCGGGCGAUUCUGCUAAUCCUGAGGAUGGUUCCUCGCGGAAUCUGGAUGAGGAGACGGAAAAGGAUAUUCUUCUCGCGCGAGAGAGACGGGAGGCUAAUGAUCGCUACUUCGAUCGGGUUAAUAAUGGUGUCUUGGACGUGGUGGCCAAGCUGGAGGAAGUCGCUCAGGCUAUGCGCGCGGUGGAAAGAGAGAGCAAAGAUAUCUGGAGUGAUACUGAUAGCAUGAGUACCACGACACAGACCACGACUGAUACUGGGUGA